AUGAAGCUCCAGUAUGUUGUGAAAAUUAUCAGUCUAAAAUUAAUUGGACACCUUCCCUCUGUAGUUGGGUUAUCCUGCAGCUAUUUAAAGAAGGGAGACCCUACAACAGAUAGUGGAAAUUACAACAUUGAUCCAGAUGGCGAGGGAGAUCUGGAGCCAUUCUCAGUGUACUGUGACAUGACUAACAAGAAUGGAGUUGGUGUGACAGUCAUAAGUCACGACAGUGAGAGCAGGACUACUGUGGAUGGAUAUGAAGGUCAAGGUAGUUACUCACGUGAUAUUAAUUACACAGGAGCGAGUCUAUCUCAGCUGGCCAGUCUCACCAGUGUCUCCUUACACUGCGAACAGUUUAUCAAGUACAAGUGUCGCCACUCAGGUUUUUGGUUUGACGAUCCAUACGGAUGGUGGGUGUCGCGUGAUUCUACUAAGAUGAUCUAUUGGGGUGGAGCAUCGCCAGGAAGUGGCAAGUGUGCAUGCGGGAUGAACAACUCAUGUGCAGCAAACGGGCGCUGCAACUGUGAUGCGAAUGACAAUGUAUGGCGUGAAGACAGCGGUCUCCUCACUGACAAGACAAAGCUUCCAGUAAAACAGCUCAGGUUUGGUGAUACAGGUGAAAGUCAUGAGAAAGGUUACCACACUCUUGGAAAAUUCAAGUGUUAUGGCACAGCAUAA